AAGACUCACCCAGUCUCGAGCUGGGCGAGGCAAGUUGUAAAGAAAAUACAUCGCCUGAGACGCCAGUGUUGCAGAGAAGUAGUUCGUUUGUUUAGCUUAUAGUUAAACUUCUCUGGUGAGAUAAAGUGGGACAGCUGCUGCUCGCUCGCCUUCAAACACGUCAGCUGAUGGACGCACCAAGUUUUUCAGCAGGAAAACUGCGUCUUCACUCCUCAUCGUUCCUGCACGUGUGGAGAACUUCAUGGAUCCUGGGACCAGCUGACAGACAACAACACAUCUAUAGCAGGAACAUAUCAACAGGGAGAAGAUGAUCUGGAUCCUUUUGCUUGUCGGCCUGACCUCCUCUAUCUGUGGGGCGUUUGUUGUGAAAAGGACUUCGACCUUCUAUCAGACAGAGGAGGGCGACAACAUCACCAUCAGCUGGGACAGUCCCACCAAAGCUGACAUGUCUCUCACCAACCUGCUUUGUUUUCUCCAGUCAAAGCCUGUGAAGCGUUUGUAUCAAAUGGUUAAUGGUGUCGAGGUCCCAGAGUCUCAGCAUCAGCAGUUUGCAGGACGGGUACAGUGUGACAAAGCCGCCCUCAGAGACGGACGACUCAGACUUCUCUGUCCAGAGUCACGACUGACGACUCUGGAGCUUACUGGUGUGAGUCUGGCUGCUGAUUAUGACCAGGACCUGAGAAGAUGGGUGCUGCAGACCUCUGAACAGUUUGUCUUGAACGUGACCUCUCGUGGAGAGAACAGUGACGUGUUCCUCACCACACCUGAAGCUGCAAAACACAAACCAGAGGGGCCGGAGAAGGGAGUCAGUUCAUAUGAGUUAAAAGUUAAAACAUUUUUUGGAGCUGUACAGGUCGCAAUCUUUCUACUUGGUUCGGCUAUCAUCGCUGUUUUGUCCGUGUUAAAAUGUGUCUCACAGGUCAAGAACAGGAAAUACAUUCCCUCAUUCAGCUCAUGAGAAAGAUCAAAACCGAGUUACAUGGCAUAACAUUCUGGUUCCAAACUGUCUGAAGAAC